CGGAGACCGCGAAAAGAACGAUACCCUCAUUUGCCCACGGCCUCUUGCAUAUCAUUUUACGAAGCGUUUAGAGCCAUAUUUCGGAAUUCAGAAGAUUUUCUGAUCCCUAGAUCCCCUCGUGUACCGCAAUAACCAACAUAAACCAACUGAUUCUGCAGCCAUGGACGAGCUGUUAGCCAAACACCGCAAGGAACAAAAAGAUCUGCAAGCAAAAAUCACACAGAAAAAGAAGUCUGCCACCAAGAAGACCCGCAAAGGCAUCAACGAUGAAUGCGAUCGACUGCAGAGGGAACUCACCGAUCGACAACAGGCACAGAUUGCGGAACUGAACGGCGAGUCCGUGAAUGGGAUCGAAGAUCUGAGCAUCAGCAAUGAAAAGUCCGAUGAUGAGUCGACGAGCAAAGACGAAGUCAAUGACUUCCUAGAUAACUCCUCGACCACCAUGACAGUGACUCCAUCGCCCCCGAGCAGUGGCAGCAGCACGACUACCGCCACCCCGGAGCCGUCCGGGCCUCGUCCUAAGAAGCCGAAUCGGCAGAAGGCGCGUCUUGCGCGCCGUGCCGCGGAGCAGGCGGCCCAGUCAGCAAUCGCAGCAGAGGAGGCCGCAAAUCAGACGGAUCAUCGGGGCAACGAGAAGGAGGUCAUGGAUGCCGUGUUCAAACGUUUGCAGCUGAAGGAGAUCGAGAUCAACCCGGAUGGACACUGUCUGUAUUCUGCUAUUGCGAGUCAAUUGGACGAGAUGGGUCUAGGCCUCAAGCCGGAUCCUAAGAGGAUGGUUCUCCAAGCUCCUACUCAGUCGCGGGUGGAUACGGUGACUUUCCCAAAGCACGAUGGGUAUCGGGCAGUCCGUGCAGUCGCGGCAGACUUCAUUGUCGAACACAAGGAUGACUUUGAAGCGUUCAUGGAGGAGCCGCUCGAUCAAUAUGCCCGGAAGAUCAAGCUGACAGCCGAAUGGGGUGGACAACUUGAACUACAGGCGCUUGCGAGGGCGUACGGCGUUGAAAUCAACGUGAUACAAGGCGAUGGAAGAAUCGAAAAGAUAGAGCCAGGCGAGACUGACGGACUCGAUGACCAUGAGAAGAGUAGACGGGUCAUCUGGUUGGCAUACUACAGACAUACAUAUGGGCUUGGGGAGCACUACAAUGCACUUUCGAAGCAGUCAUAGAAAGAAAGCCAGAAGCGAGUGUCAAUUGAGAAAAUCAGACCAGUGGAUCCAUCAAGGGUUUGACUAAAUCCUGAUGAUGUGUAUCCCCGUCUUGAAUAACGAAUACCGGACCGCGAGCGUUCUACCGACGGCGCCAAAUAGAGACUCGAUCUUGAAUCACCCCGUCACUGUCUUUACCACUUUCAUGUGU